GAACAACUAAACAUUAGUAGGUGUUUUCGGCUUCUUAAGGCCACUUUUCUUUUUCAAGGUUUAAAUAGGAUUGCCUAACUCGUAACUCUAAAUACAGUUUUGACAUCUUGUCCUUUCUCUUAUACAUUACACACUCAACAUACAGUUUUUGACACUCUUCCCCUUAAAACUUUUUCUGUCUCUCAUUCCAAUACUUGCUUAGGUUCCAAUCUGAUAUUCCAGGUAAACCUUUCUUUGUACAUAUCAAAAAACAGAACACCAACCAUGGCUGCCAACAAGUUUGCAACCAUGCUGCACAGAAACACCAACAAAAUCACCCUUGUUCUAGUCUAUGCCCUCCUCGAAUGGAUUUUGAUCAUCCUCCUCCUCCUCAAUUCUCUGUUCUCUUAUCUAAUCAUGAAGUUUGCCGAUUACUUUGGCCUCAAAAGGCCUUGCAUAUGGUGCACCAGAAUCGAUCACGUCUUGGAGCCCAGGAAGAGCAAGAGUUCUUGCAGAGAUCUUGUGUGUGAAGUUCAUGCCUCUGAGAUUUCAAAACUCGGCUUCUGCUCCAAUCAUCAUAAACUGGCUGAGUCACAAGACAUGUGUGAGGAUUGUUCAUCCUCAUCCCAACCAGAUUAUGUUAAACACUCUCAGAGUUUUGGUUUCUUUCCAUGGAUGAAGCAAAUAGGUAUGAUUCAGGAUGAUGGUGCUGAUGACAAGGCCAUUGUGAAAGUGGAAGAGGCUUUGAAGUGCUCUUGUUGUGGUGUCAACUUGGACAACAGAUGCUACCCUCCUUGCAUUCUGAUCAAGCCUUCUCUCAACGUUUUGGAGUUUGACCAGAAGCAUGAUUUGGUGACAGAACGCGGGGUUGGUGCAGAAAUUGAUGAAGAUCACAUCAGAUCGGAUAUUGUGCUUGAUCAUCUUGACGAUGAAAAGCAGAGUCAAGAAAACAAGGGAACCCACAUGGUAUUUGAGGUUGAUCAGGGUUUGGAUAGAAAAAAUGAGGAGUUAGAGAAGAGUUGUGAUUGUUCUGUGUGUGAUGGUGGUGUGGAGACUGUGUGUGAUGAAAUUAGCAAGUUGGAUUUGGGUUUGGAGAUAGGGAAAGAAGCAUUAGAAGAAGAAAGUUUGAAUUUCCCUCAGCCUAGGGAUGAUGAUGCUGAUGGUGUUGAUGAUGUUCAAGUUUGUGAGAAAUCUGCUUCUCAAGUUGAUUGCACUAGAGAGAUACCUGUGGAAACUCCACCCAUACAUCUGGAAUUUUUCAUUCAUGGUGAUGAUUGCAGAUUGAUUCCUGUUGAAUUGGUUGACUCCCCCGCCACAGAAAAUAGGAAUCAAAGCAGAUAUAAGGUGGGAGGUGAAGGGCUCAACAUCAGUGAAGAUUUUAUUUUGGACUUUGAUAAGAGUGCUGAUACAGAAGCUGAACCGGUUGUUGAGAAUUGGCACAUUUCUGGGGAUAUUGUGGCAGAAUUUUCAUGCCAGGAGAAUGAAAAUGUCUUCAAGGCCAAUGUGGUUGAAUCAGUUCAAUCAAUGACCAGAGGACUGUCCUCAGUGUUGUUACAAGUAGAAGAAGAGAAUUUGGAGCAAAAUUGUCAGGAUGUGAGAUUUGUUGAAACUGUUGAAGACUUGACCAAGGAUGAUAAUGUUGAAGCAAACAUGGAAAGAAGAGAUGCAGAACUAUGUUCAGAUGCUUCACUAGCUUCCGAAGAUGCAUCACAAACGCAAGGUGAGGAAUUUGAAGCAGAAGUCUCAAUAGGGACUGAAAUUCCUGAUCAGGAGCAAGUGGAUGAGUAUCAAAGCCAAGAUGUUCUAUUGGAAACCAACCAAGAAGUACAAGAAGAUUCAUCUACUAACACAGUCAGAUUCAAUGUGCAAGAUGAUUGUGGUCGUGACAAAGGUGAAGAGUUUGUAGAAUUUAAAACCAUGUCACUUGAAGUGAGAAUGCCAACAGUAAAUAACCAUUUGCCAUCCUUAUUGGACCUUAAUGAGAAUGAGGAAGAAAAAGUUCCUGAUACACCUACUUCUGUGGAGAGUCUUCAUCAGCUACACAAGAAAUUAGUUAUGCUUGAGAGGAAAGAAUCAGGAACAGAAGAGUCAUUGGAUGGAAGUGUCAUGAGUGAUAUUGAAUGUGGUGAGGUAACCAUUGAAAAGUUAAAAUCAGCAUUGAAAUCUGAAAGGAAAGCUUUGAGUACUCUAUAUGCAGAACUAGAAGAAGAGAGAAGUGCAUCUGCUAUAGCAGCCAAUCAGACAAUGGCAAUGAUAAAUAGGCUUCAGGAAGAGAAAUCAGCCAUGCAGAUGGAAGCUUUGCAGUAUCAGAGAAUGAUGGAAGAACAAUCUGAGUAUGACCAGGAGGCUUUGCAACUCUUGAAUGAGCUCAUGAUGAAGAGGGAGAAAGAGAAGCAGGAACUAGAAAAGGAGCUUGAAGUAUAUAGAAAAAAGGUUCAUGAAUAUGAGGUAAGAGAAAAGCUGAUGAUGUCAAGAAGAGAUGGUAGCAUGAGAAGCAGAACUUCAUCUCCCUCUUGUAGCAAUGCUGAAGAUAGUGAUGGAUUGUCCAUUGACUUGAAUCAUGAAGCAAAGGAAGAAAACGGGUUUUAUAGUCACCAAGAAUGCAGCAACCAGAACACCCCCGUGGAUGCGGUCUUAUAUUUGGAGGAAUCAUUGGCAAACUUUGAGGAAGAAAGGAUACAAAUUCUAGAACAGCUGAAGGUACUGGAAGAAAAGCUAGUUAUAUUGAACUAUGAGGAAGAACACUGCUCAGAUGAUGCUAAAUCAAUAGAACAUCUUUGUGAAGAGAAUGGGAAUGGAUACCAUCAUGAUCAUGAUGAAGAUGACAAAGGUCAAGUAAAUGGAUUUGCAAAUGGUCAUGCAAAGGAAAUAAAUGGAAAGCAUCAUCAAGGAAGGAAAAUCAUGGGUGCAAAAGCCAAGAGGCUUCUCCCACUUUUUGAUGCAAUGAGUUCAGAAGCAGAAGAUGUAGAGUUGAGUGGGGACGAGUUAGAUUUCCCCCACUUGGAAAAUGAUUCAGUUGAAAAGGUUAAUUUGGAUAAGAAAAGGGUUGCUUUAGAAGAGGAGGUGGAUCAUGUUUACGAGAGACUACAGGUGCUGGAGGCAGAUAGAGAGUUUCUAAAGCAUUGUAUCAGCUCCUUGAGAAAAGGGGACAAAGGCUUAUAUCUUCUCCAAGAAAUUUUACAACAUCUUCGUGAUCUGAGGAAUGUGGAACUCAGGGUCAGGAACAUGGGAGAUCUUGCGGUGUAAGAAGUCCACAUGCUCGACUGUGCCAAAGAGAUGAUAGAUUUUUUAUAUUGGAGUUGAUCUAGAAGGUGCAAAUGAAGCAUGUAUGAGCAGCACUGUGGUCUACACAUAUAGAGGACACCAAUGCAUCAAUUUUAACAAAAAGUUUCAGUGGGAGUUCCCUGAUGGAGAGGGGAGAAUCCCGGUGAGAUCCAAUGGUGGAGAACAAAACUGAAGUCUGCCAUUAUCUCUGGUUCUUGUUUUGUAAUUUGUUGUUUCUUUUGUCCAAGUAAGCCCAAAUUUUUGGUGGGUUGUGUCCAUCCAAUUCCAUCAUCACCUUUUGUAGGAAAAGGAGGAUGAUGAGUAUAUGUUUGUGUAGGCUAGUGAGGUGAAGCCACCCUGUCAGUUGUAUUUUGUGAGCAUAGACCUGGCUUGCAAAGCUGGAGAGAUACCAAAAAGAUUCCAGUGCCAGGUAAAAUAGCACUAGUUUGUUAGACUGACAGAAUUAGGGCCACUAGUUUUGUCAUUUUUUGGUUUGAGUCAAGAUUGAGGUAACUAGCCUCUCUCUUUUCUCUUUCUCAACUUUUGCAUGUUUGUUUAUUUCUGAGGGGGAAAAGCUGAGUCACUUGUAUACUACAUGUAUUCAUUUGUAAUUAUAUAUAUAAAAAAAGUGAGUGUUUGUUUA